UGUAUGUCUUUUGUGUGACUCUUCAAACUUUACCUGCCAAACUGAAGGAGCAUGCUGGGCUUCAGUGAUGUUGGCCAAUGGAAAAGAACAGGUGAUCAAGUCCUGUGUCUCUCUCCCAGAACUGAAUGCUCAAGUCUUCUGUCAUAGUUCCAACAACGUUACCAAAACGGAAUGCUGCUUCACAGACUUUUGCAACAACAUAACCCUGCACCUUCCAACAGCAUCUCCAAAUGCCCCCAAACUCGGACCCAUGGAGCUGACCGUUGUCAUUACUGUGCCAGUUUGCCUCCUGUCCAUGGCAGCGGUGCUGACAAUCUGGGCAUGCCAAGGUCGACCAUGCACAAACAGGAAGAAAAAGAGACAGAAUGUGGAGGAACCCCUCUCUGAGUGCAAUCUGGUAAAUGCUGGAAAAACUCUAAAAGAUCUGAUUUACGAUGUGACUGCCUCUGGAUCUGGCUCUGGUCUACCUCUGUUGGUUCAAAGAACAAUUGCAAGGACGAUCGUACUUCAGGAGAUAGUGGGAAAAGGUAGAUUUGGUGAGGUCUGGCAUGGAAGAUGGUGUGGGGAAGAUGUGGCUGUAAAAAUCUUCUCCUCCAGAGAUGAAAGAUCUUGGUUUCGGGAGGCAGAAAUUUAUCAGACGGUCAUGCUGAGACAUGAAAACAUACUUGGUUUCAUUGCUGCUGACAACAAAGAUAAUGGAACUUGGACUCAACUUUGGCUUGUCUCUGAAUAUCAUGAACUGGGUUCCUUAUAUGACUAUUUGAAUAGAAAUAUAGUGACCGUGGCUGGCAUGAUCAAAUUGGCCCUUUCGAUAGCUAGUGGUCUGGCCCACCUACAUAUGGAGAUUGUUGGUACACAAGGUAAACCUGCUAUUGCUCAUCGAGAUAUAAAAUCAAAGAAUAUCUUAGUGAAAAAAUGUGAAACUUGUGCCAUAGCAGAUUUGGGGCUGGCUGUGAAGCAUGAUUCAGUACUGAACACGAUUGACAUACCUCAGAAUCCUAAAGUGGGAACCAAAAGGUAUAUGGCUCCUGAAAUGCUUGAUGAUACAAUGAAUGUGAAUAUCUUUGAGUCCUUCAAACGAGCUGACAUCUAUUCUGUUGGUCUGGUUUAUUGGGAAAUAGCCCGAAGGUGUUCAGUUGGAGGAAUUGUUGAGGAGUACCAGUUGCCUUAUUAUGACAUGGUGCCUUCAGAUCCCUCAAUAGAGGAAAUGAGGAAGGUUGUUUGUGACCAGAAGUUUCGACCAAGUAUCCCAAACCAGUGGCAGAGCUGUGAAGCACUCCGAGUCAUGGGGAGAAUAAUGCGGGAGUGUUGGUAUGCCAAUGGGGCAGCCCGCUUAACGGCCCUUCGUAUUAAGAAGACUAUCUCUCAACUUUGUGUCAAAGAAGACUGCAAAGCCUAAUGAUGAUAAUUGUGUUAAAAAGAAA